ACAUCGUGGUUUUUAGUGAAGUCACAGACGCACGCACAAAAUGUUUCGACGCAACUCUUUCCGAAUUUUCAUUCUCGUGGUCUUUGCUACUAUAAUGAGCACCAGAGCUGCUUCUCAACAUGAAGUUGACAAGCUUGUCAUCGAGCAGUAUGGGCUGCUUAAAGACUUCAUUGAGUUCUUAAAAAGCAACUUAGGAAUUGCUGUGGAGUGUAUAGAUGACGCCGUAGUUUUUUGCAGGGAAGAGGACCGAUCUAUUUACAAGCAGCCUAAAUGCAUUUUGCGGUUCAUUUUACAAAAAAAAGGGAAAUGCAACAUCACUAACGACAAAAGCAAUAACGUUGACAACGUUGAGCUUGAGGAACUUGGGGUAUGGCAAGAUUUUCUAGAAUACUUGAAAACAAAUUUAAAGAUUGCUAGGGAGUGUGCCGAUGAUGCUAUAUCUUACUGCAGCAAGCAGUACCCAUCCAUUGUCCAACGACCGCUAUGUAUUGUAAGCAUAGACAAAAAUUUUACUAUUUUAGAAACUCAUUUAAUCAACUACUGGAUUAACUUUCCUAUGAUAUUUUAUUUAUUUUGUCACACGUGA